ACAGAGCCACUAUGACCACCUCUGUUUUAUUUAAAGAGCUUCUUGUUGGUUAUUUGAUGCCAGAGAAAUGCUUCAACGAGUUUUUUGUUAACUUUCAUGCCCACUUGCCAUGUUUGAAGUUCGUUCUCAAUAGAGCUGCUGGGUUUUGGAUCCUGCUGGACACAUUUCUGGGCCAAACACCUCAGCUGCUGAAGAUCCUGUGGAGAGGAAGUUCUGAGGGUUUGAGCCUGACCUCGUUGCUGCUGCAGCUUUAUGCUCUGUCAUGUCCGGUUGUCUAUGCCUUGGCCAACAACUUCCCAUUUUUCUCCUGGGCUGACAGAAUCUUCGUGUUGUCUCAGACAGCCACCAUCAUCUUCCUCAUCCUGCAUCAUCGUGGCUGUACUUUCAAAGGCCUGCUGCUCCUCCUUGGUUUCGGGGGUAUGAUGCUCCUCCUGGGUUUAUCUGCAGCUGUUGUCUCACUGAUGGAUGUCUCCUCUGUUGCAGCUUUAAUUGCGAGCAAGGCUGCACAAGCUGUGACAAACCACCAGAACGGACACACGGGUCAGCUGUCUGCCCUGUCCUUGUCCYUGAAUUGGACAGGAUCUGUGAGCGUUGCUGCUGUUUGUCUACAGAGGACUGGAAUAUCUCUCAUCAGUCUGUCCCACAUCCUGUCCUCAUGUCUCAGCUUUGUCCUGCUGUCUCAGGUCCUCUGCUGCAGCUGCAGCUCUGCUGAGGCCUCAAAGAAGACAGAUUAGCAGAGAAGAUGUGUUGACUCAUUACAUACAGGAAAUAUUUACUUCUUCUUUAUGUGCUGCUGUGUUUAAAUGCUGCUCAGGUUCUCAGGAUCAUGUGGAUUGUUUCUUUUUUUUUAAGCCUGCUGUAGGAACCAGUUUUUAAUAGUUGUAACUGAAAGCCCUSUGUCGCCCUCUAGUGGUUAAAAUAAUCAAAACUAAACCAUGAGGAAAACAGACUGAAAACUGAUGAGUAAACUUUGGUAAAUUCAAAUAA